AUGUCACAGCAAGAACGGCUCAGCAAUGACGAGUUCUUAACCCGGCUGACGACACUCCUCGCCGAAACUCACAACACAGCACAUGGCUCAAUAUACCUCACACAAAAGCCCGCCCCAGGCGCACAGCCCACAGACGCCGCAGUAGACACCGACUCGCCCACAUCAAGUCAAAUCCUGAUCCGCGUGACGAACGGCCUGUCGAAAGACCACCGAGCACCAGUCUCAAAGCCCAGCGCCGGCAACAAAUCCCGAUCGAAAGUCGCAGCAACGCAAGGGAAACCCGAUGGGCGGCCGAAAGUGAAGCUUGCGACAGUGGUGGAUGCAGUGGAGUUGGAUGCAUUCUUUGCCCGAUAUGCGGAGGUGUGCAAGAAGGGGAUGGAAGGUUUGAGGAAGCGGGAUAAGAAGAAGGCGAAGGUCAAGGCGAAGGCGAAGAAGAAGGGGAAGGGUGGGGCUGGUGUCGGGAAGGCUACUGGGUGA